CUCCUCCCACACACAUGAGCGGUCACAUGGCCAUGACAUCAUCACAGGUCCUUCAGCCUCCAGGAUGUAACAUCUUGCUCCUGGUUAUUGUGGGACUUGUAGUUCUUUAUACACCUGUACACAAUGCACACAGGGGCUUUAUAGAGGGGACAGGACGCCCCCCGAAUAUAUCCUGAAGAGAAGGAAAACUCCAGCGCCGUAUAUAUAGGAUCUAUAGAGGAAUGUCACCGACCACCGAGAGGAUCCUAGAGCUCAGCCUGGAGAUCAUCUACCUGCUGACCGGAGAGGAUUACACAGUAGUGAAGAAGACAUCUGGAGAGUGUGUGGCCCCCAGCAGGUCAGGAGGAUGGAGCAGGGCCCGGGGCCCCAUCACGGAGCCUCCACCUCCCUCACUGAUACCUGAGAGGAACAAUGAGCAGAAGAUCCUAGAACUCACCCACAAGAUGAUGGAGCUGCUGACUGGAGAGGUUCCUAUAAGGUGUCAGGAUGUCACUGUCUAUUUCUCCAUGGAGGAGUGGGAGUAUAUAGAAGGACACAAGGAUCUGUACCAGGACAUAGUCAUGAUGGAGGACCACCGGCCCCGAACAUCACCACUGGAUGGAUCCAGGAAGAAGAACCCACCAGAGAGAUGUCCUGCUCCUCUGGAUUCCCAGCACUGUCCGGGGGGAGAUGACGAUGUCCUACAGGAUGAUCAGGGAGAAGAUCUGAUGGAUAUUAAAGUAGAAGUUAUGGAGGAGGAAGAGAUCUAUGGAAUGAACGAUCCCCUAUAUAAGGAGGAGGAGAUCCCCAUAGAGAUCCGCCCAGAUUGUGAAAUUGAAGUGAAGAAAAUCCCUCCAGAGUCUUCAGAUGAUAAAACCUUCACAGAAGUUUCCGGAAACAACAGCAGAUACCUGUCCCCCCAUAACCAGGAGCCGCCAUCUAGAGUCACAGAGCCGAGCCAACAUGAGGAAGACUAUAUUCGUAUUCAUCAGCAGACACCCGGGAACAUCAAGGAACUUCAGUCUUAUGAAUGCAGGAAAUGCCUUAUUCACCAGACCAGCUGUAAUCUUUUGAAGAGCCCUAAAGUUCUGAAGAAGUUUUUGUGCACACUGUGUGGGAAAAGUUUUACUCGUCAAUCAAAUCUUAUACAUCAUCAGAGAAUUCACAAAGGAGAGAGACCAUUUUCCUGUGAAGAAUGUGGUAAAUGUCUCGCUAACAAGUCAAAUCUUGUUAAACAUCAGAAGAUUCACACAGUAGAGAAGCCAUUUGUGUGUUCUGAGUGCGGAAAAUGUUUUGUCAAGAAAUCAGAUGUUAUCAAACACCACAGGUUCCACACAGGAGAAAAGCCCUUUUCAUGUUUAGAAUGUGGGAAACAUUUUGCCAACAAAACAAAUCUUAUGGGACAUCAGAGAAUUCAUACCGGGGAGAAACCCUUCUCUUGUUCGGAAUGUGGGAAAUGUUUUUCCCAGAAAUCAAUUCUUGUUCAGCAUCAGGUUAUCCAUACAGGAGAAAGGCCGUUUUUAUGUUCAGAAUGUGGAAAAUGCUUUAACAAGAUAUCCAGACUAGUUCACCACCAGAAGAUCCACACAGGGGAGAAGCCAUUUUUAUGUUCUGAAUGUGGGAACUGUUAUACUCAGAGAUCAUUCCUUGUGAGGCACCAGAGGAUUCACACAGGACACAAGUUAUUCUCGUGUUCAGAAUGCGAGAAACGUUUCACUCAGAAGUCAGAUCUAGUUGACCAUCAGAGAAUUCACACAGGAGAGAGACCUUUUUUGUGUCGUGAAUGUGGUAAGGGUUUUACCAAAAAGUCUGGCCUGGUUCAACAUCAGAGAAUUCACACAGGAGAGAAACCAUAUGCAUGUUCAGAAUGUGGGCUUUGUUUUACCCAGAAAUCGUAUCUUGUAAGACACCAGAGAAUACAUAAACUGGAGAAGCCAUUUUCAUGUUCAGAAUGUGGGAAAGGUUUUACCCAGAAAGCCGGUCUUAUUGGACACCUUAAAAUUCACUCCGGGGAUACCCGGUUGUCCCAGCCUGAGUUUGAUGGCCAUGUUACCCAGAAUCCAGAUCUGGUCGCCCACCAGAAAAGCCAAUAGAAGCCAAAGCUUUUUAUGAAUGUAAUGCAGGGAAAUCUUAUGGGGAGAAAAAUCUGUCGGCAGCCAGAAUAAAAGCCUGAACUCAGCAAAACCUGUUUAGUUUAGUUAUUUUAUUAAUUUAUCUAGUACUAGAAUAUUCCGUUCGAUCAGUGUGUUAUGUGGAGGGCAGGAGGACCCAGAGGAAACCCAGAACAGGAGAAACACCCGACGACCCCAAUGCUUAGAUCGGAGAAGUCUCUGAGCCACUGGCUCCCGCCUCACUCUAUAGACUCGGGUGACUUACUGUCCUCAGAUAAUCAUGGACAUGAGGAACAAACCGGGUCACAUGCCCCAUAAAUAAGAGAACCCCUGCGUACCGCCUCUGAGCAUUCUUCAGUAGGAGAUCCAGGGCGGCACAUAUUCUCAGGUCGGUAACAAUGUGAAUCCCUGUAUUAGCCAUGGAAUAGUCACGGAUCCUAACCAGCUGAUGGCUACAUAACUUACAUGGAGCGGGCUCAGGAGCUGAUCUGUAUAGAAUACACUCUGUCAGGGGCCGGGAUCAGGGAUAAUACAGAUCCCAGAUAUACAUUGCAUUCCAAAAAACACAGAAAAAGUGAUCAAAAAGUCUUCACCACUAGAGCUGUCUGUUCACAUGAACGUGCGGAUAAGGUGAAUGUCAAUACAUGUGGAGGUCAAGCCAAGCGGUAUUGUAUAUAGAGGUCAAGCCGAGCCGUAUUGUAUAUGGAGGUCAAGCCGAGCCAUAUUGUAUAUGGAGGUCAAGCCGAACGGUAUUGUACAGGGUGCGCCAUUUCUAUGGAUACACCUUAAUAACAUGGGAAUGGUUGGUGAUAACUUCCUGUUUGUGGCACAUUAGUAUAUGUGGGGGGGGGGGGGAAACUUUUCAAGAUGGGUGGUGACCAUGGCGGCCAU